UGUGUGUGUGAGGAUGCAGGGAGAGAGAGAGAGAGAGGAGCGAGCGAGCGAGCGAGAGUGAGUGUUGAUGGGGAAUUAGCAUAGGGUCUCCGUCUCUUCAUCUCUCUAAAUACAGAGGUCCCCAUCUGACUCCAUCUCUGCCACUUUCACGCACGCACACAUAGGCUGUCUCUCUCUAGAUAUAUAUAUUCAUACGCACAUAUAUCUCCACACACACACAGACACGUCUCCUCGAGCAACGGUGUCGCAAUGGACGUGCCGUACGCGUUAGCUACGGACGGGCAGCUGCCCAUCCUCUCCGUGUCUGAAGCCAGAAGCUCGGGGACCCAGGGUGACCCGGACAACGGCGGUGGCGGAGGACGUGGCGGUGCAGGAGGAGGAGGAAUGGUAGUCGGAGGAGGUGGUGGUGGUGGCCCAACUCCGGCCUCGCUGGCCGCUGGAAGAGGGUUGCCACCGGACAAUACGACCGAUCCGGGGGGCACCUUGGCCAUGCUGGACUGGCAGUUGCAGCACUACCGAGACUUCGCUACGGGGGUGCAGGUCGUGAUCCUGGCCGGCUCUGUAAUAGGUAACCUGCUGGUGCUGUGGUCGACACGACGGACAGCCAUGUUUAAGUCGGUGACGAGCCGCUUCCUGCAGAACCUGGCGGGUGCCGGACUUGGUGCCGGUCUGGCAUGCAUGCCCCCUGAUCUACUCCUCAGCUGCCACCCACAAUGCUGCCCCUGGCUAGCCAAUCUGCCCGCCCUCUGCCGAGGACUGAAGUUUGCGCACCGCCUCUUCUGCUCUGCCCUUGUACUCUCCUUCGGACUUAUCGCGAUCGACAGGUACUACUCUGUCCUGUACCCUCUGGAAAGGAAGAUAUCGGAGAACAAAGCCCGGGACUUGGUUGUCUAUGUGUGGCUACACGCGAUGGUCGCGAGCUUUCCUGUGUUUGGAAUGAGCUACACCAUCGACCUGUUCAGUGCCACCUCGUGCCAGCAGAGUUCACAGAGGCCGUCCCCAGCCCAGUUGAUCUACACCAUCAUCUACCACGCCACCACGGUGCUGCUGCCUAUCGUGGUCACAUUCACGUGCGUGAUUAUGAUCCGCCGUGCGCUCAGUGCUAGCCAGAAGAAGAAGGUCAUCAUCGCAGCCCUCCGGACUCCACAAAACACGAUCUCGAUCCCCUACCUGUCGCAGAGAGAGGCAGAGCUGCAGACGAUGCUGCUGCUCAUGAUUGCCGUGUUCUUAGUGUGCAUGCUGCCAUACUUUAUCCUGGAGGUGUACCGGACAGUGGUGGACAGCCAGGACCUCCCAGAGGCAUUGCUGCUCACGGCCAUUUGGUUCCCCAAGUUGCCCCUCUUGGUGAACCCCCUGCUCUACCUUGGCGCCAACAAGCCCAUCCGGAAGGGAAUCCUCGUCUCGCUGGCGCAACUGCAGCGGCGCUACAGCCGUCGCAACACCGUGGGGGCUGACACGGUGCCGUUGGGCGAGGCUGCCCAGGAGCCGUGUGCCCUGCGCUCGGGUAGUCAGCUGCUGGAGAUGUUUCAGAUCGGGCAGCAGGAAAUUUUCAAGCGCAGCGAGGAAGACGACAGAGACGCCGGUCUUCUCGUUGGAAACCACACUGGUGGAAAUGGCAAGGCGGAAGGCGCAAACCAGCAGAUGCUCAUGUCGGAUUUGGAGGCUUCACCGGUUUUGUACGACCACGAGUCGAAGGACCCAUUACCCGGCACAACAAAUGUAGAGACUUCCUCUCUGAAGGCGCAGUUUGGUUUCGGGCCAUUUGAAUUGCCCCCGCAGUGGCUGGCGGAGAAUAGGGGCAGCAAAAAACGGCUUCUGCCACCUCUGGGCAACACGCCUGAGGAGCUCAUUCAGUCGGAGAAUAAGGACUACAGGCAGAAAUGUGAAAGGAAAAUAAACAGGAACAACAAAGUCAGUGAUCUUACGGAUCUCGACCUGUAACAGACAGCUAUGUACACGUCCAGCUAUUUGUUUACAAGAAGAACUGUCCAUCAUUUGUUCAUACAAAUGUACCAUGUUUGCUAAGUCAAUCGUGAACGUCUAUUUGUCAACUUACAUCUUACGUGGACCUUUUUGUGUGGCUCUUUACUAAAAAUACAUAACUGAAUAAGCUGUGAAAUGUGUUAAUAUUAAGUGGCACACAUUUGAAUGGAUCAAUAUUUGGAAAUGUCUGUAAAACACAACAUGUUAUAAGAAAUCUAAAACUUAAUAUAAAUACAUAAUCUAGUAGAGAUUCCAUUCAUAUAGUAAAGUGCCAACAUGUAGUUGUAUCAUUUGCUAUCCAAGAUUGAAUACAAGGCAUUUAUAGACAUUUUGUACUUCGUUAUGUCUUGUCAUAUCCACAAUCGUUGCAGUAAAACUCCACGCAUCAAAUAUUGUGAAAUCACAACCCAUAAAAGCGAUGAGUUAUUUAAAAUAAUUAUCCACGAAACGAUGUAUCAUUUUGCAAAGUGAAUCAUGGACGAAUGGCAAAGUCAUACAUAGAUUAAUAUGUAAGUAAUGUUCAUUUCAGUCACAUUAACACAUUACGACAUAGUGAAUGGUAGUUGGUGCUUUGAUAUGUGAACUAAAACUAUGAUUUAAAAUUGUAAUCCUUACUGGGAAAUAGCGACAGUUUUUUCUUCAAAUGGGCGAAUUCAUUAUCACAAUAAAGUUUCUACUUUAAUGUUG